AUGACAUCGGAGGCAACCGGAGAAGGGGAACCGGUGCGGCAGUUUGAGCUGUCCGCUCCGGGUAAGCUAAUUCUGCACGGUGAACACUCGGUCGUCUACGGUCACCCGGCCAUUGCCGGUCCGAUCGGUUUGCGAACGCACCUCCGGUACGAAGCGACCGGCCAUUCCAACGACACCGUGGUCUUUGCUUUCGAUUCGCUGCCCUUCACGACCAGCCUGUCCGUCGGGGCGUUUGAUGAGUUUUUGCGUGUAGUCGAUUGUGCCCAGCAGUUGCAACCGGAUCAACUGCUUCAGCAAAUGCGUACCGACGAUGGGUUCCCCUUUGCACGUUUCGUCCAGACGCAACCGUCGACGGUGAAGGAACGCUUCUCCGUUGCGGCCGCACUGUACAUCGUCAAUCGGGUGCUCCGCUCGGAAGGUGUCACUGACUUCGCGGGAACCGGCAGGGCAGGAUUCCGGCUGGCGCUCCGCUCGACGAUGAGUAUCGGAGCGGGAUUGGGCAGCUCGGCUAGUUACGGUGUUUGCCUUGCGGCCGGUGCCUACGUGCUCUCGCGCAUCCUAAAGGGUACGCUCACACAGGCUGCGAUUGGGCACGGGUUUACGUUACAGCAGUCACCGGAGCUGUUGGCAAAAAUUUCCGGCUGGGCGUUCGAUUCCGAGAUUAUCAUGCACGAGAAACCGUCCGGCAUCGACAACAUGGUCUGCACGUACGGUCAGCUGAUACGCUUCCGGCGAGGGGAUUCCGAGCAUCGUAACAUCCGCUUACGGGUGCCGCUGCACGUGCUGAUUGUCGACAGUGGCGUUAGUCGGAGCACUGCCCAGCUAGUGGCCACUGCCGCCAAACGCCGUUCGCUGUUCCCGCGCACCGUCGGCCGAAUCCUGGAUGCGAUGGGUGAGCUGGUGGAGGAAGUGAUCGAGCUGCUCGAAACACCAACCGGCACCGAUGACGAUGAUGGCGGAGUGUCGGACUACACGCGGUUGCGAACGAUCGUAAACAUUAACAACAAUCUGCUCCGUUCGCUCGGUGUUAGCCAUCCGGCACUGGAGCGUAUCUUUCAGCUGGCCGAACGUCACGGAUUCGACUGCAAGCUAACCGGGGCCGGCGGUGGCGGAUGUGCGUUCAUGCCGCUGCCAGCCAACUACGAGCAGCUGCAAACAUUCCACGAGUUAGUACGCGAGCUGACCGAGGCAGGGUACGGCUCGAUCCCUACCACGAUCGGUGGCGGCACCGGAGUUGAACUGAAUGCCUGCCCCAGGCAGGCAGAACAGUAACGGAUGCGGCGGUGCGACGAAACAAUUCUCAGGGUGAUUGUAAGACUUUUCUGUCCUUCGGUGGAGGGAUUCGAUUCGACUCAAAACUCGUUCACUUAUUUUUACUUUAUUUAUAUAAAGAAUAGUAUUUUGUGUGUUCUCCUUUUCUCCUGCCGUGCUUCCGUUGGUUGGUUGGUUGGUUAAAAAAUAAAGCAAGUGGUCACUCACUACAAUAUUUGUAAGUGCUGAAUAAUGAUCCCUCUAAGAUUAGUAAACCCUUUUUGUGUAAAUGUUUGUCCGUAU